UCAAUAUCAGAAGCUGUCACCAUAUCUACGACUGCUAACACCCAACGGAUGCAAGUUGACGUGGAGUCGUAUGAGAAGACCUUCUGGCCAUACUUGCUAAAAAUAAUACAGGUAUGUUUUAACUAUUAUAUUGUAAUAAAUAAAUACAUGAGAUAUUCAUUACUUGAAAUAUGGUUACAUAAAAUAGAUGUUCAUUGGUAUAGCAGCCCGUCAGACUAUACAAAUCUGUCAAAUUUCUCUACUUCAUUUUAAGCCUUAAUACUUUGAGGAUAGAGUUCAACAUCAAUUGAGGAAAUUUUGACAUUGUGGUAGCCUGACGGCAGUGUGUACAUAAAUAAGUUCGCACAUUUCGCCGGAUACCAGACAUUUUUUUUUUAAUUAUUAAAUUUAAAGGUGUGGUAAAGUACCAUAUUUUGUGAAAUAUUCAAAUUCAUUCAUUUAAUAUGUGUUUGUGUUGAUAACAGCAUCACGAUAUGUCGUUAAAACAAACCGCCGAGGUGGGUGUGAUGUGCCAAAUAGAACCUUCGCCUAAUGAACGGAGCAAAAACAAAAAGAAGAAAAAAUCGAAUACGAAAUCUCCCUCUUUGACUUGCCAAUGUCGAUUGCUUCCCGCCGAAGUGACGUGGGUGAAUACAUUAGUAGCUCGCAUCAUAUACGACGUUAUGCGGGAUCCUGUCAUUAUCGCACGUCUUCAGAAUAGAAUACAGAGGAAACUGAAUACGCUCAAGUUGCCGCCGUUCAUGAGUCCACUAGCGGUGACAGAGUUGUCAUUAAACGGCGCUUGCCCACUGGUGGGAUGCGUGAGCGCGCCCACGUGGGACGAGCGCGGCGUGUGGCUCGACGCGGACGUGAGAUAUGAGGGGGGCGCGUACAUCGCAAUACUCACGCAACUCAACCUGAUGAAGCUCAAGGAAAAGAGUGAGUAUCUCAUUGUUUUAUCUCUCUUUACUAUGAUUUUUUAAUUAGAUGCACUAAACUGCAAGCGUUUGGUUAGAUAUUAUAAUAUUCAUUUAUAAAUUUUGUGAUAUGACUCAUUUAAUUUAUUAUUCAUCAGACCUUGGAAAGUGAUAAUUAAUGUCUUCAAUGGGUUGGUUUGUUUAUCAUUCUAAUGUACUGUAUGAAAAAUACUAACGGUCCCGCCGAAGUUAGAGAUACUUUACACCUCUACCACCAGCCCUUUUACGUCCCCACUGCAGGGGCUCAGGCCUUCCUUAUGGAUGGUUAAGGAGGAUGGGCCAUGACACUCCACGCUAGCCCAAUGUAUUUCAAACUCUCAAACUUAAUUUUGCGUUUUUCUAAUCAUGAAAAAAGAUCUUAUGUCUUAAAAGUAAUGUAUGAAUGAAUAAUAACUCAUAGAUAUCAUUUAGUGCUAAAGUGGCAACUGAUAAAAAAUCUAACUAUAGUAAUCUAAGAGAUCGUGAAAAAAAUGUGCGAGGGUGGCACGUAAGUCGCAAUACUCACGCAACUGAACCUGAUGAAGCUCAAGACGAGUGAGUGUCGUAUUGUUAU